CUCUCGGUCGGCGGGCAACAAAAAUUUGUGCAACAGUUUGCGAAGGGGAACCACAAAGGAGAAACGAUAGAAAAUAAACAACACUCCAGCCAGCAUUUCCAGAAAACGAACUGAAGAGGAUACGUGUUACUUUUGUCGCAGCGCUCAGCGCCGGUUAUUGAUAGGUUUUCGGCUUAUUUGGGCUUUGAAACCAAGCGUUUCUUUUCUAUCCAAUUUUGAUCCCAGAUGAAGCUGGUGUAAGUAUACAGUAGGCAGCCCAUAUUUAGCUUUAAGGUUUGCUACGGGUGAAAAAACAUCACAACCGAAAAUGGAACGGAAUUCCGCCCAAACGGUAACCCUGAUCAACAGUAUCAUCGGCGUGGGAAUCCUCUCUAUGCCAUUUUGCUUUCAACAGUGCGGAAUUAUACUUUCCCUGGUUUUACUAUUUUUAAGCGCAUACAUCACCAAAUUAGUUUGUAGCUAUAUGAUUAAGUCUGCAAUUAUUUCAAGGCGGAAAAACUUUGAACAGAUUGCUUUCUAUGCCUUCGGACCAUGUGGCAAACUGUUGGUGGAACUUUGUGUUGUAGGGUAUUUGCUAGGGACUUGUGUGGCGUAUUUCGUUGUCGUGGGUGAUCUUGGCCCGCAGAUAACGGCCAAAGUUCUUUCGUUGAACGAAAGCAGCACCCUGAGGCUGUGGGUUAUGAUUGUGGUGACGAUUGUUUGUAUCGUUCCACUUGGAUUGUUGCGGAACGUGGACAGCUUGUCUUCGGUUUGUACCGCCUCGCUUGGGUUCUAUCUUUGUCUGGUGCUCAAAAUCAUCGUCGAUUCGAGAGAACAAAUCAGCCGGGAUGGAUGGUUCGAUCAGUUGAAUCUCUGGCGAGUGGAUGGAAUUUUGCAAUGUUUACCCAUUUUCAGCAUGGCCUUAUCGUGUCAAAUGCAACUUUACGAAAUCUAUGCUACAAUGCCAACAACCUCAUUGGACAAAAUGAGUCGUGUUAUUCAGCAGUCGACAAAUAUGGUUACCUGCAUCUACGCUUUAUUCGGAUUCUUCGGAUACGUUUCGUUCAACGAACAUCGUCUAUCGGGUAACAUUUUGGUGAACUUUGCACCGUCCUUUGUUUCGGACAUCAUCAAAAUCGGGUUCGUGCUUUCGGUGGCAUUCAGCUUUCCACUGGUGAUCUUUCCAUGUCGAGUAAGUCUGUACUCGCUUCUUUACAAACGAACCGAUACACAUUUCUACAUUCCGGAAUCAAAAUUCCGCCCUCUAACGGUUGCUAUCGUUGCCGCGGCCCUGCUUUUGGGGGUGCUAAUCCCAUCGGUGGAGGUCGUUAUCGGAUUUGUUGGUUCAACCAUAGGAGUGGCCAUCUGCAUUAUCAUUCCGGCGGCGUGCUAUAUGAACAUUUGUAAAACGAACAUGACCGAAAAGCAACUGGCCCAGGUGAUGAUUGUCUUUGGCUUUCUGAUUAUGAUUUUGGGAACCUAUGCCAAUCUGGAUGCCGUGGAUCGUGCACCGGAGAAAAAGUACGAAAGUUUGCUGAAUGAAAGAAAUGUCUUGUUACCCGAACUUCCAUCUGUUGUUAAAGAAGCUUUGAAAAAGCAAAUCAACGAAGAGUCUGAGAAAUUUGAUACACCAGUUAAAGUUGAGGAAAAACCGCUAUUGACAGAGAAAAUUCAGCCCAAAAUCGAAGAACCCGUAACCGUUAAAGAACCGGCGAAAAUCGAAAAGGAGAAAGUCGAGAAGAAGGAACCACCCCCGCCAAACCCACUGGACGUUAAACAAGAAACCGUACCGAAAGAGGAAAUAAUCAACCGUGAUGCUAUCUUGAAAGAAGACAAAGAAAUCGCUGUCGAGGAGAAGGAAAAAAUUCAAAAGGAAAUCAGUGAGCUGCAGUCGGCCAAAAAAGAACUUGAAGCCCAAGUUGAGGACAUCAAGGAGCAAUUGGUCCGCAAAAACGAAGAAACCCAACAGCUGGUGUUGAAAAAGUUUGAUGAAAUCGCAGAGAAAAUCGUUCAGAAAGCGUCCAAAGAAAAGGAACCUGCUGUCCCAGGGACUGAUGCUCCAGUUCAACCUGUGGAGCCUCAAAAGCCUAAAUUGAACGAAUCGAUGCUUAAAACAAUGGAAAACGAUCCUAAGCAAGAUCCCAUUGUUCAACUUCUGACAAACCAAGGCAAGUUAAACGCUAAAGCGGCGGAGCUCAAAGAUAACACGAGUUUACCUAAAUUGGAUCAACCAAAAGCAGCAGCGGACUCCGAAGCACCGCUGGAAGUCCAGCUAUUCGGACAAAAUGAAACGGAAAAGAAAGCAGAAGUUGAGACCAAACCACCACAAGAAAACAAAUCGGACGACGAAGAUGGAAAACCGCUGCCACCGCUUCCGGUGGAACAGAAAAAGGAAUCAUCACACGAACAGGAACCACCGAAAAAGGAAAUCAAAGCUCAGGAGCAACAAUCAAACGCUAAGGAGGAACCACCCGGAAAGGACACUAACAAAAAACAAGACAACGACGACGAUACAGGCGCUAAGCGAGAUUUGUUAUCGUUGCGUAACAAGCGAAACGCAGCACCGAGUGGAGUUGGUCCGAGCGUAGACGAGUUGAAUUGUGUUAAGAAGACUGACGAAGAGGGCACGAAGAGGGAAUCUACAUUCCGACAACAGCAGCACGAAUUAAUUUUAGAUGAUCUGAUAGGCGGCGAAAAGCUGACCGGUGUUUUGAAAAACGAUUUGUUAAUUGAGGAUGGAAAGUUAUUUAAGAAAUAAA